GCGCCCCGCCGGGACGGGGGGGGAGCUUGCCCGGCCCUACAAAACCCCGCCCGGGCCGCUGCCGGUCCCAGCCGCCGCCAGAGCCGUCGCUAGAGUUGCCCUGCCCGUCCCGGCCAGCACUCUUUCAAAAUGUCUACUGUCCAUGAAAUUUUAAGCAAGCUCAGCCUUGAAGGAGAUCAUUCUCUUCCACCAAGUGCCUAUGCUGCAGUUAAGGCCUACCCAAAUUUUGAUGCUGACCGGGAUGCUGCAGCCCUGGAAACAGCCAUCAAGACCAAAGGUGUGGAUGAAGUCACCAUCAUCAACAUCCUGACAAACCGCAGCAAUGAACAGAGGCAGGACAUCGCUUUUGCCUAUCAGAGGAGAACCAAAAAGGAACUUUCUGCAGCACUCAAAUCUGCUCUCUCAGGUCAUUUGGAGGCAGUGAUUUUGGGCUUGCUGAAGACACCAGCACAAUAUGAUGCCUCUGAACUGAAAGCCUCCAUGAAGGGUCUGGGAACUGAUGAAGACACGCUCAUUGAAAUAAUCUGCUCACGAACAAAUCAAGAGCUCAGUGAAAUUAACAGAGUCUACAGGGAGAUGUACAAGACAGAACUGGAAAAGGACAUUAUAUCAGACACAUCUGGUGACUUCCGCAAGCUGAUGGUUGCCCUGGCCAAGGGCAAAAGGAAUGAAGAUACCUCUGUGAUUGAUUAUGAGCUGAUUGACCAAGAUGCUAGGGAGCUCUAUGAUGCAGGUGUGAAGAGAAAGGGAACUGAUGUCCCCAAGUGGAUCAACAUUAUGACUGAAAGAAGUGUCCCCCACCUGCAGAAAGUGUUUGAAAGGUACAAGAGCUACAGCCCAUAUGAUAUGUUGGAGAGCAUCAAGAAGGAGGUUAAAGGAGACUUGGAGAAUGCCUUCCUUAAUCUUGUCCAGUGCAUUCAGAACAAGCAGCUAUAUUUUGCAGACAGACUGUAUGAUUCCAUGAAGGGCAAGGGAACUCGUGACAAGGUGCUGAUCAGGAUCAUGGUCUCCCGCUGCGAGGUUGAUAUGCUGAAAAUUAAGAGUGAAUUCAAGAGGAAAUAUGGAAAAUCUCUCUAUUAUUUUAUCCAGCAAGACACAAAAGGGGAUUACCAGAGGGCACUGCUGAAUCUGUGUGGUGGUGGAGACGAUUGAAAACUGUGAUGGAAGAACCCCAAUUUGAGACGUGCAUUUUUUGCUCUUCAUUUUACUGUAAUCCUAGAAACAUACACAAAAAUAUUGACUUGCCUUAUCUAACCUUGGCUUGAUUUCAUGUCUGCAAGACCAUUUGAUGUAGUAUGCUUUUAUGUGCACCCCUCCCAGCAGCCAUGCUCUACUUGGCUCUGCCAGAAGUCCUAACAGUGUAUAGCCAAAGAAACUAAGCUUCCAAAGAUAAAUGAGGUUACAAGUGCUUGUGAAAGACUGCCUCUCUGUGCAAUGUUUCUCAUAAAACAUAAAUAAAACUGAAGUUUUACUUUAA